CUUUCUCGCUGUUCUUCUAAAGCAUCUUCGUCGUCGUGCUUUUUCAGUGUAUAUUUUUUGUCCACCGUAGAACAUCAUCUUAUUAAAGUCGCUUGAAAAUUUGCGAUACAGUUUGAGUGAAUAAGAAAAAAAAAUCAAACAAGAUUUAGAAAGAAAAACCGGAUGAAAAUUUUUGUUAUAUAAAGAAGUUAUUCUUUCGCAAUUUCGCUUUAUUUGGGAACAAGACAAGCACCUGGUAUCAUCAUUGGGAGAGAUUUUUAGUUCAUAAUAAUAUUUAUCUCGAUAUCGAUUACAUCAGAAAUUCAGUGAAUUAAAUUAACUUGUGUAAUAAUUUGUUCUGCAGAAUAAAUAAACAGCAAAAUAAAAGAAAAUGAAAUUAUCAGUUAUCGUUUGCUUUUUGGUCGCUUCGGUCGUUGCUGAUGUAAGCCACCUUAAAGGCUACAAUUACGAAAAGCCAGCUCAUCAAGGAUAUGACUAUCCAAAGCCAAACAUUCCAUUUGAACUUCCACCGAAGACAACUGCACCACCACCUCCACCACCAACAUAUUUGCCACCAACGACAACUCCACCACCACCUCCACCCACAUAUUUGCCACCAAAGACAACUAAACCACCAUGUCCAAAUGGAGGUUCUGGUCCAUUCUGUUGUAUAAAUGGAGCCAAUAACCGUGACUGUUGUGACAAUGGAGGUUCUGGACCUGACUGCUGUACAAACGGUGGUCGAGGCCCAUUCUGUUGUACAAAUGGUGCAAGUAAUCCAGACUGUUGUGAAAAUGGCGGUCGCGGACCUUUCUGUUGUGCCAAUGGAGCUAACAACCCAGAUUGUUGCGACAAUGGUGGUCGUGGACCUUUCUGUUGUGCAAACGGAGCCAACAACCCUGAUUGUUGCACUAACGGUGGUCGUGGACCUUUCUGCUGUGCCAAUGGAGCCAACAACCCAGAUUGUUGUGACAACGGAGGACGUGGACCUUUCUGCUGUGCCAAUGGAGCCAACAACCCAGACUGCUGUGACAACGGCGGACGUGGACCUUUCUGCUGUGCUAACGGCGCCAACAACCCAGAUUGUUGUGACAAUGGCGGACGUGGACCUUUCUGCUGUGCCAACGGUGCCAACAACCCAGACUGCUGUGACAAUGGCGGACGUGGUCAAUAUUGUUGCACAAACGGAGCCAACAACCCAGACUGCUGUAUCAACGGUGGACGUGGACCAUUCUGCUGUGAAAAUGGAGCGAACAACCCAGAUUGCUGCGAAAAUGGAGGAUCAGGCAAAUAUUGCUGUGCCAAUGGAGCUAACAACCCAGACUGUUGUGACAAUGGUGGACGAGGUCAAUAUUGUUGUACAAACGGAGCUAAUAACCCCAGCUGUGAACUUCCAACACCACCACCAAGAACAACUCGCCCUCCAACUACAACAACCCCAACCAACACAUAUUUGCCACCAGAUGAACCUAAAGGUUACGAUUAUCCCAAGCCUGCUAUUCCUUUCUUCUAUUAAGAUGUCUCUAAACUAGAAAGUUCUCUAAAAUAAGAACCCGAAAUGCUGCCUGUUGUGUAGUGUCAUGUGAACAUUUAGUUGAAGAGAAAUAAACGACUUUUUCGAAAAAAAAAUAAAUGAAAAAAUUCUCA